UUCCCAGAGUGGGGCACAGCGAGGCGCUAGGGGGAACGCUGGCCUCUGAAACUAGCUCUGGGACCGGGGUCUGCGGCCGGCCCCUAGCUGGCCCCGUCUCCCAUCCCCAGAAGGGUAUUCACUGGGGAUUCUGAGCUUUGGCUGCUCCAGUUUCUCACGACACAAUGUUCCCUUUCUACAACUGCUGGAGGACUGGACUGCUACUGCUACUAUUCCUGGCUGUGGCAGUGAGAGAAUCCUGGCAGACAGAAGAAACAACUUGCGACUUGGUAGGAGAAAAGGGUAAAGAGUCAGAGAAAGAGUUGGCUCUAGUGAAGAGGCUGAAACUACUGUUUAAUAAAAGCUUUGAGAGCACUGUGGGCCAGGGUUCAGACACAUACAUGUACAUCUUCAGGGUGUGCGGGGAAGCUGGCAAGCACACUUCUGGGGCAGGCCUGGUGCAAAUCAACAAAAGUAAUGGGAAGGAGACAGUGGUAGGGAGACUGAACGAGACUCACAUCUUCAACGGAAGUAAUUGGAUCAUGCUGAUCUAUAAAGGGAGUGAUGAAUAUGACAACCACUGUGGCAAGGAGCAGCGUCGUGCAGUGGUGAUGAUCUCCUGCAAUCGACACACCCUAGCGGACAAUUUUAAUCCUGUGUCUGAGGAAUGUGGCAAAGUCCAAGAUUGUUUCUACCUCUUUGAGUUGGAUAGCAGCCUGGCCUGUUCCCCAGAGAGCUCCCACCUCAGUGUGGCUUCUAUCUUACUUGUCACGUUUGCAUCACUGGUUGCUGUUUAUGUUGUUGGGGGUUUCCUAUACCAGCGACUGGUGGUGGGAGCCAAAGGAAUGGAGCAGUUUCCCCACUUAGCCUUCUGGGAGGAUCUUGGCAAUCUGGUAGCAGAUGGCUGUGACUUCGUCUGCCGUUCUAAACCUCGAAAUGUGCCUGCAGCAUAUCGUGGUGUGGGGGAUGACCAGCUGGGGGAGGAGUCAGAAGAAAGGGAUGACCAUUUAUUACCAAUGUAGAUUGCACUUUAUAUGUCCAGCCUCUUCCUCAGUCCCCCAAACCAAAGCUACACAGCCAGAUUUCCCAAGCAGUCUCAACUCCAGUCCCUCAUCUCACCCUUACUAUUGCUCUUGCUUUCCAGUUUGCUUUUGAUUUGUAUCUUCUCACUAGUAAAACUGCCUUCCCUUUGUUCCUUAUUUUCUUUUUUUUUUCUCUGGAGAGGUACAGUUGUAAGUCAGAGUUAAUAAAAUAGGGCCUGUGAAAAUAGAGGCUUUUGCACUGUCUCUUGACAUCAGAAGGUACAAUAGGCAUAUGGGCAAAAUGGUGUGGCAGGCUCACUGGCCCUUUGUUUUUUAAACACAUUUUCACAAGUUUUUGAGACACUGGAUUUCUUUAAUUAAAAAAAAUGCCAAGAAACGUUAUUUAUACAGGUUUGAUUGCUUUCAUGUUGUUAUUCUGUUCCCUAUAGUAGUCUCCAUGAGAAUCUGGUAUUUCUUGCUGCUUGGAACUACUUUGCAGUGAUUACUUGGUUGCAGUCCAAGUACUCUCAUUUAGUCUGAGCCUGGAGAUGUUCUAGACUUGCUUCUCCCACCUCUGGGAUUAGGACAGGAAAAAUGUGAAAGUUCCCAAUUACAGGAUUAUACGGUACCAUCACAUGAUUUGUGGAAAUUGGGGUGACUGUAUAGCUGGGAUUGGGCUAAGGAUUGUGGUCUUAUCUGUCCACAUACAGCCAAAAUGCCUAUCCAGAAAUCCAGUCCGUUGGAAAGGAAAAUUGGAACUCCUGUGCCACAGGGGUUCCAGAAAAGGGAAGUCACUUUACCUUGCGGUGGUGGGAUCCUGAUGUCUCUCAUCCAUUUGUAGUAAAAGCUGGUAAAGCUUUUCUUACUCCUGGUUCCCUAUACCAGUAUUUCUAAACAUAUGUCGCACUUUCUCCACGGGCAUGUGGUUUUGACCUUAUUUUCAAUCUAGAAAGGGAAUGGAAGCAGAAGUGGGAUAUCGAGGGCUCUGCUCUCCUCUGCGCUGGGUGUGGAAUGCUGCUGCACCUGUCCCUUCUGCUGGCUCAGGGAAGUGUCUUCUUGCCCACAUUUCUGUGGGGAAAGGUUUUUAAUCCUCUGAUGCUUCCAUCUUCCUGUUUAGGCCAUGUGCCCAGAAACGUGGGCUGAUCUUUCUUUAAUAGUGAACCCCUGGGCCACUGAAGAGUAACAUGGCUCCACUGGACACAAAAGAGGGAUGGAAUCAACAGGCAGGGGGCCUUUUAUAAGCCUUAGGAAAGGAAAAUGAAACUUUGAUCUUUGGACUUUUCAAUACUAUUGGAGUGAUUUUUUUCUUUCUAAACAGGGAAAAUAAUGUUACAAAAGCAUCUUUUUUGUUAUUUGUUUGCAUCCCUCCCCCACACCCUGGUGUUUUAGAAUGAAGAAAAAAAACCAUCACUUUUUGUACAAAAACUCUUAAUGAUUAAAAAACAAACAAA